AUGGAGAAAUGCAGCUUGACUGGCAUUCCAGGGGCGGAAAAACUCCUUUUAGUUUGACCAGUUUACCUAAUCUAGAAAUUUAAUUUCAGCAAAGCGUAGAGUUUUGAAGUGAAAGAUGUGCAGCAGCUACGUGAGUAUGUGGGUGACUUAUGAUCCUGUGGGCCUGUUGUUCUUCAAAGCCCCGAGGAAUCCCUCCGGACUGCAGGGCAUCUGAAAACCCUCUGAAAUUCCAGGACAUUUUACCCAAACAAUCUGAUGGAGUUUAUCAGAAACCUAGACUGUGUCAUCAGUAGAUCUUUAGCGAAGGAGAUUGGUGUUUGGCUCAGAUGAGGAGGGGCUUUGAUGUCGCACCUCACCUGCAAUGCAGUGCUGGGCUCUCUCCCCCAAUCAUCUUCCAGCUGUCAGCGAGAGGGGGGCGGGGCCAGAGGCUGACGACAGCCAAGGAGAGUUCUCGGUCAGACGGAGCGAUGGAGAGACAGUAGCGGGAGAGGGAGAGGAGAAAGUGAGCAAGAAUCAGAGCAUGUAGUGGAAGCCUGCAGUCCAGGACUCGGUCUGCAGCGCGGCCUCGCCAGCCACGGCUCCUCUCCUCUCCUCCUCCGUCUCCUCGCUAUAUUUGCUUGGCUUUCUACUCGUCAGCGCUGGGCGAUUUCUGCUGCCCUCUCUCUACUUUUCCACUUGCUCACCACCUCCAUAUUUUCCUCUUCUGGCGCAUGGAGUGAGAGGCUGUUUCAGUACCCGCCCUCCCCUGUCCUCCUCCUGGCCUCCCAUCCCAUGGGCAUCCGUGCAUCUUGCAGACCAGAGCCUCACGGUCGCGGAGGGACCUCUCAGCAUGGCCAAGCGGACUCUCCCCUUCCAGAGCAGGACGAGGAGAUCCUGGGCUCCGACGACGACGAGCAGGAGGAUCCCAACGAUUACUGCAGGGGUGGAUAUCAUCAUGUGAAGAUUGGCGACCUGUUCAACGCGAGGUACCAUGUGAUCCGUAAGCUGGGCUGGGGCCACUUCUCCACCGUGUGGCUGGCCUGGGACAUCCAAGAGAAGCGCUUCGUGGCGAUGAAGGUUGUAAAAAGUGCUGAACAUUAUACAGAGACGGCCCUGGACGAAAUCAAGCUGCUCAAAUCUGUGAGAAACACGGAUCCCAGAGAUCCCAGCAGAGAGAAGGUGGUGCAGCUGCUAGACGACUUCAAAAUCUCCGGCAUGAAUGGAACUCAUGUAUGUAUGGUCUUUGAGGUCCUGGGCUACCACCUUCUGAAGUGGAUUAUAAAAUCGAACUAUCAAGGCCUGCCCCAGCCUUGUGUGAAAAGCAUCAUACGACAGGUUCUGCAGGGCCUAGACUACCUCCACACCAAGUGUAAGAUCAUUCACACAGACAUUAAACCUGAAAACAUCCUGCUGACCGUCAACGAGCCCUAUAUUAAGAAGAUGGCUGCUGAGGCUACACAGUGGCAGAAGUCUGGUGCUCCGCCUCCAUCUGGAUCUGCAGUCAGUACAGCUCCUGCACCCAAAGCUAUGGCAAAAAUGUCAAAGAACAAGAAAAAGAAGAUGAAGAAAAAACAAAAGAAGCAGGCCGAACAGCUGGAGAAGAGGAUUCAGGAGAUGGAGGGAGGAGCUUUGCCUGAUGGUGCGGAGGAAGAUGAGGAUGAGGAGACGGAGACUAAUGAAGAUGCGUCCUCAGCUACCCUUUCUAACUCUUCCACGUUGCCAGACACUGCUAACCAUACGAGCACAGACUCCACUCCCGAGGAGCAGCCCCCUCUGCCGCCUCAGAUCGGCCAUCAGACAGCGGGAGCGGCCAAGGAGGAGAACCGACUGGAAAUCAACUGCAACGGCCAUUCCUCCUUACCGGAGACAAAGGACCGUUCAGAAACCCAAGGGACCAAGCAGUCUGUGGAGAACCAGGAGGACCAGCAGAACGCCAACCAGCCAGAAAGCAAGGCAGAGACUCCAGACACUUUAUGUGACAAAGAGGAGCCUGAAGGCAGCGACGCCUCACCCGGAGAACCCGAGCCCCAGCAGCUCCCCGCUUCGCUCGGCUCGGACGCCGCCGUGGAGCCGGACGGUGGCCUACGAGAGAGGAAGAAGACGGAGGACAUCGACGCUCAAGCUGAGAACAAGAGGGGAAGUGAAGACGAGGACAGGCAGAGUGGUUCAGCAGGCAGCAUGUUGGUAAACCCCCUGGACCCUCUCAACGCCGACAAGCUGCAGGUCAAGAUCGCUGACCUGGGCAAUGCUUGCUGGGUGCACAAACAUUUUACAGAUGACAUCCAGACACGGCAAUACCGCUCGCUUGAGGUUCUGAUCGGCGCUGGUUACAGUACUCCAGCUGACAUCUGGAGUACAGCCUGCAUGGCCUUCGAGCUUGCUACUGGAGAUUAUCUGUUUGAACCGCACUCUGGAGAGGACUACUCCAGAGAUGAAGAUCACAUAGCGCUCAUCAUCGAGCUGCUCGGGAAGGUUCCUCGGAAGCUGAUCGUGGCGGGCAAAUACACCAAGGAGUUUUUCACCAAGAAAGGCGACCUGCGACACAUCACCAAGCUGAAGCCGUGGGGUCUGUUCGACGUCUUGGUGGAGAAGUACGAGUGGUCCAAGGAGGAGGCGCACUCUUUCAGCAGCUUCCUGCUGCCCAUGCUAGACCUGGUGCCUGAAAGGAGAGCCACAGCGGCCCAGUGCCUCUCCCACCCAUGGCUCGCGUCCUAAAGCCUGCACGCCACCACCCUUUUUCUAUUGUGAAGCAGCCCAGCCAGCAAAUGCAUUCAUGUCUGCGAGCAGGAUCCCCCGUCGUGGUGCCCGUACUGUUGUCAGCGUACCUGCACACAUCCAAGCGAUGGAGAGGAAGACCGUCCAGGCUUUGUCCUGAUCUGGAUUUCACUAAUUGGGGAACCUUCAGUACCGCUCACUCCUUGUACUUUUAGCAUUUAUUUUUCCUUUUUUUCUUCUGACUGCAGCUCCAUCGCUGGUGCACAUUCUUUCUCUUCAAGAACUGAAAUUUGCACUUUUUCUACACGGACAGGAGCGCCAGAGGCAAUCUUGAAACGUUAAGCCAUGGAAGCUGCAGGGCGUCGUAUAGUUCACCGUUGAGCCAAAUCUUUGCCAAUCGUCAUGUGCCAGCUUCUCCACUUUUGGCUCAAAACUGUGUGUUCAGAGUUUAUCCCUGCACAGCGCUUGCUAAAUUAAAAAGCAACCAGUGAUCUUUUAAGUGCUGUCAUCUGAAAAAUUAUCAUCUCAGUCAACAAACAGGAAGAAAAAUAUAUUAAUUUUUGUACAUUUUUACACAAACGGCUCCACAGGAUUAGAAAGCAGACGUUUAAUGCAGUGAGCGUCAGUGAUAAUUGUCCAAAAAAACAGACUCUGACAACCAGAUUAGUUUCAUUUGAGGCAUCGUCAAGGUUCUUUAUUAUUUAAAAUUUUCAUGCAGCAUUUGGUGUGAGGGUGUGAACAGUUUUAAUAGACUCAGUUAUACUUGGACAGUGAAAUCAAACCUUACAUGGAUCAGCAUCCAGUGUACAGAACAUUGUACCAAAGAGUUUGGCUUAAUGCAGGUUCUGAACAAAGCAGUGAGCAGCAAAAAGGUGUUAUUUCUAUUUUUUUCCUGAAGGGCUUAAAAUGUUUUGUUGUUUAUGAUCAGGCAAUAAAUUCAGCUUCUGUACAAGACUUAAUUUCCCCAUGAAUGUGCUGGUUUAACAAAAGAUUGUAUCAACUGCAGAUAGUUUUUACUUUUGACCUUCGUUACAGUUGUCAUACAUUUUUAAUGCAAGUUUGAUGUCCAUGUCUUCCGUCUAUACUUCAUUCUGUAGAUAAUGAGAAUAAACACUUUUCCAAAUUA